UCUUACUGAUAUGUCACUUGCAUAAUAAUUUGGAACGCAGUGUAGGAAGAGUUCAAGAUUGUGUGCUGUUGGUGUACCUCCAGGAGCUGGGGAAAAUGUGCAUGUGCUCCUAAUAAAUUUAUACUGUUAAAUUAGCCAACUAAUAUGUAACAAAAUAUAAUUGCCACAGAAGUGAGGUGUACAUUGUGACUGACAGAAGUCAAUGUCCAUGCUCAGAGCUUCAUGUGCUGUCUAUGGUCAGCACAACUGUACCUGAGUACAUCAGUCUUUAAGUUUCCAAGUAGUCUGAGCAGCCAUAUGUAUGGAUUUCAGCCAAAAUAAAGUUCUGUGGGUUACAUGUAUGUAAAGUUGGAAGCAUUUAUUCUGAACCCUACCUUCUGUUUUUAGUUGGACUGAGAUUCUUCUUCAAUAAUAAUGGUAGCACAACACUUCAGUCUGUGUUGAGCAAAGAAAGGGGUCUAUGGAAAAAUAAAUCUGUUCAUAGAGCGAGCUGCCAACAUUUUUGCAGAAGCAGUAACCCUGCACUGAACAAACACAGACCUGCCUACUCAUUCAGCUAGCCUUUACUAGUCUGAGUGUCUGCCAGAGAAAAUGUGCUCUUCACAGCCAUAUUAUGAAACACCGAGGAUGCAUUAACCAUUAAGAGGCUUUGUGUUUUUGUUGAUUCUACGCUAUCUACAUUUUUUCGUGCAUGGACGGGUUACUAAUUCAAUACUUUCAUAUCUCAGCAUCGUCCAUUUAAAGAAAGAGGAAAGGUCUCCCUCCAGGGCUGUGGAAAGAGAGAAAUGUUUCCUUUGCUUUCUGGACAAAGUUUCAGAUAAUUAAUCUGGCAGAUUAUAGAAAUGCAGAUGUUGAAGAGGAGAGUUUCAACCUUUUUUCAUAAUUUCUGUGUAGCUUACUGGUGUUUUUAGACAAUGAUAUUAACAAGAAGUCCGAGGCUGGAGCUGAGGUCUAGUCAGAAGUGUAGUAGUAGUGAUAACACAAUUUUGCCCUGUUGGAAGAUAAAAUGGGUGUCAAAAUCCCACAGAUUUACACUGAAGGAUAUCUAGAACGCAUGUUGGAGAUGCAAAUGUUAUUGCAUAUGCACGCCAGUGUGAGUAUUUCUUGCCUAACAUGUUCCUCUAUUAAUCAACAUGUCAAAAUGGUGGUGUAGUAGAUGGAUGUCUGUCUAUUGUAUUGUAUCUUCUCUUCGAUUUUGGCAUGUAUCCGUUACUUUUUAUGAACAAAAUGACAAAGAUUUUUAGAAAGUUUAAUAAAUCAAAUUUGUGAGGGAUAUUAUUUUAUUAUAGUUUUAAUAAUACAGAUUUGUGACAAUAGAAGCUGCACAUGUGUGGGAUGGUAAUACUGUUUUAGGAAGUCUAAGAGCGACUGGGAAACUGGUUUCCAAGCAAAAUUGGACCAUUUACUGCCUUGACAACAGUUUAAUGAUUUGGCUCAUUUUUAUUUUUUUAUUUUUAUAACAUUUAACAUUAACACCGUCAGGUGCACUUAAACUACAUCGUAUAUCCACUCCAAUACUGCCGCCUUUUGGUGCAGUUGUGUAACCUACACCACUUCUUACAGUCUGACACCCAUUUCAUGUCUUGGAGUCUCUGUGCAUGAGCUGAUUACCUGAAGAUUACCUUUUUUGUGAACUAGUGUAAAGGAGCAUGAGUGAUUGGAGGAUAAUGAAGGCUACAGAACGAAGACUGCCUUCCAAGGAUCAUUCAUUCAGAUGAGAUUCGGCUGAACUUGAUGACAUGGCAGCCGGGAUAUGCCACCUUUAAGCCAAACGUUUAAGAAAGCACCCAAUAUGUGCAGUGAGAACUGAUCAUUUAAUCUAUUCAGCAUGACUUGUACAACACAUUCUGUGUAACUGGAUAAUAUUUAGCAUAUGUACAUUCAUUAUAAUGCCAGAGGAUAAUGAGUUUCGCCAGCGGAGUCUGGUUCCUCACUGGGUGUUUGAAGACAAUUUGCUUUGAAAUAACACGGAUUGAGAAAAGCACUACAUUUUUGAAAAUGAACAUUGGCACUCUUUAAAUACAUUAAAUUGAAGGUCAAACGUGUUUCACCCUUGUAUGUUCAGUGGUUUAAGGGUCACAGACUCAUGAUCUUUUUGGCUUGGUCAGCAAAAACAGUGUUGAACUAACACAGAGUUGACAUUAUAGCAGAUUUUAGACCGUUUUAAACUUCCCCUUGUGUCUGCAUGGCAUGGCAGGAAGCAGAAAGCAGAAGGGAGAGAGUAAGAUUCAUUUCCUUUCAGAAAGGUCCAAAAUAAAGAUUGUUUGCUGAAACCAUGAAGUGAGACCUGCCUCAAGGAAAACUCAUCACUUUUUAUCUUGGAGUCAUGCUGAGGAAUUACUCCUCCAUGGAGCUCACAACAGAUGUCACGGACACUUACUCCAACCAGACCGACAGGAAUCAGUCGUCGGAGGACUGUUCCCGCGACAGCGCUCUGAAGACGACCGUGUUUCCUCUCCUCUACACCAUCCUCUUCAUCCUGGGCAUGUCACUGAAUGGCCUGGCAGCAUGGGUGUUCCUCCGAAUCCCCAGUAAAUCUCACUUCAUCAUCUAUCUGAAGAACAUUGUCGUGGCUGAUAUCAUCAUGACCCUCACCUUCCCCUUCAAGAUCCUCAGCGACGCCAACUUAGCAACCGUCGGCGUGCGAGUGUUUGUCUGCCGCGUGUCCUCUGUGCUGUUCUACCUCACCAUGUAUAUCAGCAUCCUGUUCUUCGGCCUGAUCAGCAUCGACCGCUGCAGGAAGACCAUGUGGCCCUUUGUGGGCACCAACGCUAGACGGCUGUUCCACAGAAAGCUCCUCUCGGCCUUCAUAUGGACGUCACUGUUUGCUCUCGCGCUGCCCAACGUGAUCCUGACCAGCCGUCGCAACACUUCGGACCGCUUCAAAUGCAGUGACCUCAAGACGGAUCUGGGACUGAAGUGGCACGAGCUGGUCAACCACGUGUGCCAGGUGAUCUUUUGGGGAAACCUCGUAACCGUGAUAAUAUGUUACACGCUCAUCUCAAAAGAGCUGUACAAGUCUUACGCCCGCACUCGCGCUCAACACGAGGCAAGGCAGGGAGCGAAUGUCCCGCACAGACAGCUAAACAAGAGCAGCAUUCAAGUGAACGUGUUCCUGGUGCUGGCCGUCUUCUUUGUUUGCUUCGUUCCCUUCCACUUCGCCCGAGUGCCGUACACUAUCAGCCAGACACGAGGACGCAUGUUCAACUGCCAGCAGAAGCUGUUCUUCUUCCAGCUGAAGGAGAGCACGCUGUGGCUGUCCUCCCUUAAUUCAGUGCUGGAUCCUCUCAUCUACUUCUUCCUCUGCAAGUCCUUCAGGACAUCCCUGUUCAACACCCUGCGUCUGUCUCCUGGCCACUGCGGGGAGCUUGGGACGGACUCGACCAGCACUCCUCUGGGCAACACGCAGACAUGAUGGACAGACGCUCUGUGCGAUCCAUGUGAAAAUGUUGUGGUUCUCCUACAUGUCUACUCUUCCAUUUAAACUGAUUUACACAGCAAACAUGGUGAAUCAAAGCUUUUAACAACAUCUGUCUCUCUCCUCUUCACUCUGGCUCUUUCCACUCUCUUUCACACAAUUACCUCAGUCUGACCCUGAUUCAAAUCAAGAGGCUUUACCUGCCAUGAUUGGCUAGCGGAAGGAAGGAUGUCAGCUGACACAACAGCAGGAGUGAUCAAUGUUCUCCAUGUAGAUGUGUGACCUUAAAGCUUGUGUUAAGAUAAACAUUCAUAGAGUUCUUAAUGUGCUAGUGACAGAAGUAAUACUGAUUUGUAAAGGCGUGGGAUGCAAUAGUAUUUUGGUGAUUUGAGUAUUUGUUCUCACUGACAAACCUUCUGCCAGAUGUGCAAGAGUACUAACAUUUUUCAUGAAAACUUGGCAAUGGUGAGAAAGAGAAUUUUAAAUACAAAGAUACAGUGAAUAGAAAAUCAAUGCAACCGCUUAACUGAUCAAUGCCACAGUGCAUGCUGGGAAUAUAAGUACUGUGGAUAUAACACUAUAACAGGUUAAAGACAUUAUUGUAAUGCAGACACAGAUGAUCAUUUUGAUUCUCAAUGCUGUUACAUCAGUCAUUUCCAGCUCUAGUUCAUUGUGAAGUCACAGUAGCUGAUAUAGUUGUCAUAUUUGUAAUGAAUAAAUAAUAAUAAUAAAAAAACCUAAUACUGUAAAAAUAAAACUGGGACUAUGGCAAAAAGCUGAGAUUUAUUGUAAACCAUUGGCAAAUGUCUUUGACUGUUGCAACACAUCACUGUUUUUCUUCAUCUUGUGCUUCACAACUGGACCAAAGUUGCUUCCCAAACCUUCUGUUCCAGGGUUGUUGCACAAUUUAACAUAAAAUGUAAUGCUUUUUAAGAUAUGAACUAAUAAAAUUAAUACACCAGAACAAACUAAAUAAAUACAUCUCAAAAAAAUAGAUCUAAAAAUAAA